UCGCCUCAGCGACCUGACGGAGGCGACGCCCCACAACAGCGCCGCGGCGGGAGCAAAAUGGCGGCUGGCGCCGGCCGGCGGGGCGGGGGCCCGGCCGGGGUGCGGAGGCCGCCGGGCGGCCCCUGGCAGCCCGGCGCCGCGGGGAGCAGCGUCGUGAGCGGCGCCCUGUUGGCCAAAGAGGAGGAGUACAAGCGACUGAAUGCAGAAUUAGAAGCAAAAACAGAAAAGCUGGUGCGUCAAGCUGAAGAAGUAAUGAAAGGUCAACAGGAGAUACUAUCUAGACCAGUUUCAGUACAGACUAACUCACGCGAAGUUGACAGACAAAGAGAUUCACUGUAUCCUGAAACCUCUUCUUUUACUCACUCACAUGUCAAGCCACCAAACGAGAGGAAAUGUUGUUCCACGCCCACAGCUCAGAACAGAACGCACUCUGGAAGUCGAGGAAAAAGGCCGUCUUCAAGUUCAAAAAGAAACACAGAAAUACAAAAUGCUGAUGAUGUUGCAGUACUAGAAGAUUGUGCAGAUUUUUCUCUAGCGAAAACAAUAAGCAGAAUUGAAGAAAAACUAGAGAAAGGAGACUUGUCAGAUUAUCUAGAUGAUGAUAUUAUUCCAAGUGCUGGAAAUGAAAUUGGAGCAGAAGCUCAAAUCAGAUUUCUUAAGGCAAAGUUACGUGUUAUGCAGGAAGAGCUGGAUAGUGUAGUAUGUGAAUGCAGGAAAAAGGAUGAUGAAAAUCAGAAUUUAAAAUCUCGGCUUAAAGAUACUGAGGAAGAGAAUACUAGACUGCAACGAACAAUCAAUAUGCAGCAGUCACAGACUGAAAAGUGCAAAAUGCUGUUGCAAGAAGCAAACAAAAAAAGUGAAGACUUACAACAAGAGGUCAUAGCACUAGAAAAGGAAUUAGAGAAUCUAAAGCGUGUACAAAAGCAGGCCUCAACCUGUCAGAGUGCAACAGAAGUUCGCUUAAAUAGGGCUGUGGAAGAAGCAGGAAGAUAUAAAGUAGAGCUGAAUAAACUGAAGCAAAGUAACAAGGAUGCAGCUAACCGAGAACUCAAUACAAUUGAAGAAUUAAAAACAGAAAACAAGAAGCUGCAGAAACAAAAAGCAGAGCUAAUGAUAGGUUUUAAGAAGCAGUUAAAGUUAAUUGAUAUUUUAAAGAGACAGAAGAUGCACAUUGAAGCUGCUAAGAUGCUUUCUUUUACUGAAGAGGAAUUCAUGAAAGCACUGGACUGGGGAAAUUCUUGAUUCAGUGGAAAAGCAACUUAUGCUUGAAACACAAGUCAGAUAGUACAUUAUUUGGAACUGUAGAUAAGAACCGAUUGUUAAUUAUACCUAUAUAUCCUGCUAAAUUCAUUUUGUUAAUUUUUCUAUGUUGAAAUUGUUUAACUUGUAAAAGCCUUGAUAGCUUAAAUUGUGUUGUAAUAUCCUAUGAAAUCUGUAUCUCUACUGAAGUGGUACUGAAAUUGUCCAUUCUGUAGUGGACAAGUACAGAACAUGCAAGGAUUAUUCCAACAAGUAAACUCUGCUACUCAUUUGUUCUGUUUCUGUAUUUAAAAACUGCCCGAGAUGAGAUGAUAUUCAGGCCAAAGGGAAGGCUGUGUUUAAUCUCAAAAAAUUGUCAUUGCAACAGGAAAAAAGGAACCUAUGAUCCAUUUGAGAAGAAAAUGUCAUAUCCUUUUAAAAAUAAAUGUUUUGAAAAUA